GUGAAAACAUUUAGCCUCUCUUGGAAACAGCACCUGCUUUUCAAAACAAAUUAUAUCAAUUUUGCCAUAUCUCCACGUGGUGACGCUAUAGACUGUAACAUUGAGAGUUCCUACGUAGUAGUUUCAGCUCCUCCCAGGUUUCGAUGACGAUUUGUCUUCUCCAGGCUUUGUCACAAUGAGAGAGACAGCGAAAGGGCAGAGAGAUUCGUUUCAUCCAUCUGUACAGUCUAUAUUUGACGCAGUCUAAAGCUGUAUUUUUCAUAGCUGUAAAAUUCGUGACGGGGUUUCCUUGCAUUUGAUGUGCUUUGAAAUCACUUAUGGAAUGAUGCCUGCACCAAUGAGGACGUCUAUUGUUUUAUGUCUGGUGCUUGUGCUACUGGAGUGUUGCUGGGAAGCGGAGUCUGGGCAGCUCUCCUAUUCUGUGUUCGAGGAAUUGAAUCCGGGGACUUCUGUAGGAAAUAUCGCAAAGGAUCUAAACCUCAGCCUUCAGGAUUUGGAAUCUCGUAUGUUUCAGAUUGUUACUGGAUCAAAAAGAAAAUAUUUUGAGGUAAAUGUAAAGACUGGUGUAAUCUACGUUAAUGAGAGAAUAGACAGAGAGGAGCUCUGUGCGAAAGCACCAACAUGUACAGUCAGUGUAGAAGCUGUGAUAAACAGUCCUUUGAAGCUUUAUCGCUUAGAAAUAAAUAUUCUAGAUGUUAACGACAACGACCCGUUAUUCACGGAAAAGUCUCAAACUGUAGACAUAGCAGAGAAUACUCUGCCUGGAAUGAAAUUUGCUUUGUCGGAGGCUAUCGAUGCAGAUGUAGGUAAGAAUACAGUUAAUGCGCUUAAAUUGACACCAAAUGAAUAUUUUUCUCUCGCUACAAUCAAAGGAGGAGAAAGCGUGUAUGCCGAGUUAGUUUUACAGAAAACGCUGGAUAGAGAGAAACAGCCGGUGAUCCAUCUCACUGUGACUGCUACAGAUGGAGGGACUCCACCGAGAUCUGGCACGUCACAAGUCAUUGUUCACGUUUUAGACAUAAAUGAUAAUCCUCCAGUGUUUAGUAGUCCCUUGUACAAAACUAGUAUUUUUGAAAACACGCCAAUUGGGACAACUGUGAUUACACUAAAUGCAACCGACGCAGACGAUGGGACAAAUGGUGAGAUAGUUUACUCCUUAAGAAGUAAAGGGCAGGAUCGUAUAUUAGAGAUAUUCCAUAUUGAUCCCAUAACAGGUGCGAUAAUGCUCAAAGCUAAUGUCGAUUAUGAGGAAUAUACAGCGUUCGAGAUCCGUUCCGAAGCCAACGAUAAAGCUCAGCCACCGAUGUCUGCUCACUGUAAAGUGCUAGUAGAAGUAAUUGAUGUAAAUGACAACGCUCCCGAAAUCACUGUGACGUCAUUGUUAAAUACUGUAAAGGAGGACGCUGAAGUGGGUACUGCUAUCGCACUUGUAUCCGUUCUAGACAGUGAUGGCGGUAGAAACGGUGAAGUGAGAUGUAAAAUCUUAAAUCAGGUUCCCUUUAAACUAGAGACAAAUUAUAAAAAUUAUUAUUCUCUCGUUGUUGACGGGGCUCUUGACAGAGAAAUUACCUCCAACUACAACAUCACCAUAUUAGCUACCGAUGAAGGGAGUCCUCCUCUCUUCAAGACCAGUGUUAUUACUGUUCACGUUUCUGAUGUAAAUGACAAUUCGCCUCGUUUCUCAGAACCCGUGGUUAAUGUGUAUGUGCAAGAAAACAGUAACGUUGGAGUAAUCAUCAAAACGGUAUCUGCAUCUGAUGCUGACAUUGAUAGGAAUGGCCAGGUUAGAUAUUCAUUUUAUGGUAGUCAUAGUAACUCAGUCUCCGUGUCUACAAUGGUAAACAUCAACUCAGAGACUGGAGAUAUAGUCAGCCUGCAGUCUUUUAAC